AUGCGUCGAGUUCUCGCCUGCGCGAAGUGCCGCAAGCACAAGAUCAAAUGUGUGCACCAGGGCAAGCCCCCGUGUGCCCACUGCGUGAGUCGUGGAACCGUCAAAGACUGCCAGCUGUCGUAUCCAGAGGUGAAAAGCCGCAAGCGCAACGCUGACGAGGCCGGAACCGGCGAUGGCGACUCCGGCGAUAUGGGCGGGCAAAGCUCGGACACCACGGGCUCCAAACUGUCGCCUGUGGCGCCAAUGGACGCGAUUUUCACCCCGGGAAUCCGACCCGACCUGCAGCCCCAACUUCGGCUUCAAUCUUUCAACAACAACGUGCACAUAGCAGCGAUAAAAUCCAUCUACGACAUGGUACCGAUGAUUCCGCUAGAAGUGGUCCGCGAGGGCGUCUUGCGGGUUGUCAGCGUUUUCCCAGAGCUCAACUUCUUUUACCUGCCGACGGCGCUCAACAACACCAAUAAAAUACACCCGAUACUCGUUGGCGCAUUACUAGCACACGCAGCGCUUUUCAAUCCGUUUACGGAUACCGCACACCACUCUUCUCGGGACCACUGGCUUGGUUCUCGCAGUUUUAUCGUGACCAACUGCAUUUACGAGAAAUUGACUCUGGAAGCCAUUUUCAACAACUUCACUUUUCUCAUCAGACCUGACUUGGACAUAGUCCGUGCAAUGCUACUCAUGAGCGUUGUCAAGUGGGGUCACAACGAAUAUUACGCGUCUUGGAUGUUGCAUGGAAAUGCGGUAAGAAUGUUGCAAUCCUUGGAUUUUGACGCGUCCUUCAUAUCAAAAGCUCGACAACAUAAACUACUCACCACCAUGAAAGCGCGAACGUACUGGUGUGCGUUUGCGCUAGAUCGCAUCAUUUCCACGGGCAAGGGAAAAUGCUAUGUAAUAGAAGAUUACAAGAACAUACCAUUGCCAAGAAACGAUGAAGAAUUCUGUCUUCUUACUAUGAGCGGGCUUGAUGCUCCAGUGUACCGCGAUAAAGAUGGCAUGAACAGCGAAACAAGUCUCACAGACAACAACUUCAUCGAAAAAUACUAUGAAAAUCCGCAGUUAAUCAAAGAAAGGCCCUUUGCGGCUUUUAUUGUAAUGUAUCUGAUUUGGGGUGACAUCAAUAGGCGAAUAAUGAAACCAUCCUGUGGAGGUGGGCCGUUGGAAUGUCCAUGGGAUUCGAACUCUAAAACCUUUCAAAUCUUGAAGAAAUUGGACGACUUUUGGACAAUUUUCCCCUCCGAUUGGAAAUGGUCAAGACAGUGGUUUAUUAACGACAAUCCUCUUUUGCGGAAGGACAACCUACUUUUAACCAUCAACUCAAUGUACCAUCUUUCCCUACUUUUUCUUCACAGAGAAUACCUCCCUUCUUUCCCAUACGACGUUGACACUUUUGCAAGUCCUCCCGAAUCCUGUGAAUUCCCACCAGCACCCACACCCGAUUACUGGGAGCAAAGUGCCCGUAAAUGUUUCGAGGCAACCCGAAAUUUGUCUUCGCUGCUUGGUGCCAUGUUAGAAGACGAAAUAAACAAACCGUCCGGCUCUGAAUCUCGCAAUCCUAUUUUGAGCACACCAUUUUAUUCUUUUGUAGCGUUUGCCUGUGGUACCGCUUCUUGUUAUGGGAUGAAUUUUUAUUGGAUGGAUCCGGAUCAUGACAAAUAUGAUAGCAGCAAUGACCCAAGGGCUCUAUCAAGAUGCUAUUCAACUGUGGUGCAAGUUCUUCAGGCCAGAGAAGGAAUGUGCUCUGUUACACGCAGCUGGUUAGCAGUUGUCUUGAAAAUGCAAGAAAUUAAUAGCUAUGCUUCCAAAAAUCGAGAGCGUUUCAAACAAAUGGGCUGGGACAGAGAAGGUAGUCAAAACCUGAAGGAAACUUUACAUCAGUUUAAUCCAGAUUUGAAAGAGAUCGAAAAAUCCUUACCACUUCUUCCGCGGCCCAUCCAAAACCAUAAAACUUCAGCUCGUAGCAUAGACGGCUCGUUUGUGAGAGCACAAGGUGACAUGCAUCCAAGUCAUGACUUACAAGAUCAUCAACAAAAUCCGAACCUUUUUGCGUUACCCCAUGCAUUCAGUCCUAGUUCUUUCAUGAGCUCAUUGCCCUCGGCCCCGACACCGCCCAUGGGAUCAACGACGUCAAAUGUCUACCAAUCUCAGCGGUAUCCACCUCCUCCCUUUUUCUCGUCAGCUUCUCCCGGCGUUUUGUCUCAUCAUUUUCAAGCAACACAAUCCGCAGUGGAUGCGUCAUCUCGCGUAGCGACCACAGCUGCCUCGCCUAGCGCUCAACACCCUCUCAUACCGGAAGUAUCGCAUCCAAGCAUUGACCAAUCUAGCAAAGUACAAGAUGAAGGAUUUUACCAGCAACAACAAGGUUACGGCGAUCAGGUGCCCAGAAAUGGGAUGCCUUCAACUAUCACGCCGUUUUCGGGCACUCUUUCGUAUCCUCCAGUGAUACCACAUACUGUUCAAAAUGAGUUUCCUGUGGGCCUUGAUACAGAUAAGCUUACACUUCUGUUCAAUGACCAGGAACUGGACAUGCUCCUUCAGUUCAAGGGCCAGUAG